AUGCACGCCACGCUGCUGGGCAUCCUGGGGCUGGCCCUGCUUGGGGCACUGCAUGCCCAGGACGACGUUCCCGUGCAAACCGACUUCCAGCAGGACAAGCUCACGGGGAGAUGGUACGGCAUCGGCCUGGCCUCCAACUCCAACUGGUUCAAGGACAAGAAGCACGUGAUGAAGAUGUGCACCACGGUCAUCUCCGGCACCGCAGAUGGGAACCUGGAAGUCACCUCCACCUACCCCAAGUACGGGCAUGGGGAGGGGUGG